AUGCGAUUAGGGUUUCUGAGCUUCGAAGCCGCUUUCGACUCUCCUCUUCGAGGCUUUCUCAACGCGCUCCGCGCCGAUGAAGUUCCAGAACCCUUUCUGUUCAAUUCCGGCAUCAACGACAUUACGCGAGAAACAGAAGAUCAGUGUCGUGCCCAUAUCAUUCUAGCACCGUCAGGACGCGCCUUGACCGAUUUCGAGUACGCUAACGAUAUUCGCGGAAAGCGAGACUACGUCUAUGUCCUGACUACUGCAAGAUGUGGAUCUCAUCGAGACCUCGAGCGGAAAUCAGGGUGGACAGACAUCCGAUCGAACUCGCCACCAAGAUGCGCUAAGGCCACUUCUGCAUUUAACUCCUUAACGAAAUGUCUGUGGUCGACCCCCAUCACCAACGAAGUCAAACUGCGAGUCUACCUAUCCGCAAUUCGCCCCUUCAUGAUGUAUGGAUCGGAGACUUGGGCAGCACUGUCUACGGUGAUGGAGAGGCUUGAUUGCGCAAAAAGAAAGCUGCUUAGACGGCUGCUUGGGUGCCUUUGGCCUAGGAAUAUGGAAAAGCGACAAAUGGAGCAGCUCUCGCAGUUGAUCGAGAAGGAUGAACAGAGCUAUGUUCAAAGCUUCACCUCAGCGAAGAUGCGGGUGAUCGCGUCAGGCGAAGACAUGAGCUCGCCGACUAAGUCAUGUCAUAAUGUCAUUUAUGUCAUCAGUGAUGGACUAGACGGACGUGGAUCCGCAGGUUGA